AUGACACAUAAUUAUCAACAAACUCCUUUUGAUUCUUAUGAUGCUCAACAUUCUCCGAAACAAGAGCAAAGAUAUACUCUCCAGCAGGUGUCUGGAGAACAAUGUAAUUGUUGUGCAAGACCUUCUGACGAUUUUUCAUCAAAUCUUGUGCAAAUGAAUUCUUAUCAAUAUUCGCAAUCGAUUCAACAACGCUAUCCUUAUUCUAUUACUAAUCCUCAUCCAAUUUCACCAUUUGAUCGAAAACAAACUACUGGAACUACACUCCCAAGAUUAAAUGCGUCGGUUUUCACAAAUAUUGCUACUUCAAAACAUUUUCCUCAAAAGAAUAUUAAUAAUCAACCAUCUCAAAAUUUUCGCGCCCAAGUUCUCUCAGAAUUCAUACCUAUUCACAUACUGGCGAAAAGCCAUUUGUAUGUUCUGAACCAGGAUGUGGUAGAAAAUUCUCUGUACAAAGCAAUAUGCGUAGACAUCUUAGAGUUCAUAGAUUGGGAAGACCAGUUAAGAGAACUCGAUAUGAUGGUGAAGUUGAAGGUGUCAAAAUGUUGA